GCUGCGUAAAACUGUGUAAAAGUAGGAAUCUAAUUGAGAGAGAGAGAGCAAAAGAGACAGAGACAGAAGAGCAGUCUAUAGCCGUUGAUCACCCGCCUCCAUCCAUAUAGGCUUCGAGAACUCAGUGAACAGCAGCAUCAUUCAAUGUUCUCUUCUCGUGCUGUCUCUCAAGCUCACAUCCACUCUCCCGCUCUUUGCUCGCGCAGAUGUCGACCUAAAGACCAGUCAACUCCAUCUCUCGUCGCACAAUUGCCCUUUCUAUGUAAUUGCUCGACGUGUAUUUCACAUGAAAUUAGAAAGAUCCUGAAAACCGCUGGGCGCAAAAAGACCAAUGAUCUUUUUGGGAAUAAGAUGAACUAGUCAACCAUUUUUCCAUCUCUUUUUGGGUGCGUAGUUGGUUUGACUAGAGCAACAGUAUGGAUCUCUCAUUUAUGGCUGCACAGAUCCCAGUCAUGACAGGGGCCUUCAUGGACUCCUCACCCAAUGACAACUACAGUGCCGACCACUCGCUCUUCAACUCCUCGGCCAGCGUCCACGCUGCCUCUGCGGCUGCCUCAGCCCAGGCCCAGCAGGAUGACCAGUCUUCGUCCAGUGAUGCCAUCUGGCUCUGGAUUGCCAUCAUCGCUACUAUCGGCAACAUUGUGGUGGUGGGAGUGGUCUACGCAUUCACCUUCUGAUCCAUCUCUCCUUGACGCCCACCUAGCCAAAAAUUAGAGAGCCUCCCCAUGGGAGAACGUGAUAAAAGACAAAGGACAAAUAUCACAUACCGAAUUAUCAAAGGGCUCUGGGAUGCGGAUGCUGGCUAUGGUGUGGGGGUUCUAUAGUUGAAGCUUCAGCAUCAUUCACUUUCAAUAGAAAAAAGUUUCAGGAUACGAACAGUAUACACAGUACGCAAGUUCAACUGGAGGCAGAAGGGUAUUUUCAACUUUAGUCGCCUAAUUUUCAGUGGACAUCAUGCUCUUGAAUGUUGUUGUGUUGCAUUGUGGGGCUGAAGGGGCUUACAGAUACAUACAGGGUGAACUGGACCAUCUUAAAAUGUCCCCCAGAUAGAAGAGAGGCAAUUAAGAGGAGUGCUGCUUAAUUAUUGGGAUGAACAGAGACGUGACUCUUAAAACAUUUAUGGGACUCUGGGAUUACUUCUGCAUUAGCCAUGUGCUCAGCUUCUUACAGCAUGUUAUCUGUUCUGCCAAAGGAAGGCUCAAAGUAUUAGCUUUCCUUUGUAAUAUCGACAGAAAAUGGACCAACGGACACUGGCUUUAAUGAAACAUUCCUGCAUCAUCCUUUUGGAUCCGCCAACUGAUAUUGCUUCUCAGUUUCUUUAGCAAUGCCACACCAGUUUAUGGUCCAAUAAAGACAAUCACUCACCGUCUAAUUUA